GAAGAAGAAGAGAAGCAAAGGCAACAAAGAAAGAAAGAAAGAGCAGAAUAAGGUGUCUCUCUCUUGGACUGAUUCCCUUCAAUCGCAUCUAUUUUCUCUCUCUUUCUCUCCUUCCAAACAACCCCAAGAUCUGUCUAUAUAUAUAUUUAUCAAAGAAAUUACGGGAGACAGAGAAAACCAAGAGAAACAGAGCUUAUUAUAUAUCAAUCCAAGCAAGGAAAACAAGACUAAACCCAACAAGGGAACAAGGGUCUGUUAUGGUUAAUGCUAGAACGAGGAGAUGAGAUGGAAUUAGUGGCGGUGGUGGUGGUGGGGGUGGUGAUGUGAUUUUUUUUUUUUUUUUCCUUUCUUCUCCAACUAUUUCACGUCUCCGGUGUGUUAGCCUUUAUUGCUAACCUUCACAUUGCUUCCAUAAAUUCUACUUGGCUUUUCCAUAUUCUUUGUCUAUAAUGGCCGUUCAAGCUCAAUACCCUUCAAAUGUCCUCCUCUUAAACAGAAACGGGCAAGACGGCCAUGAUUAUUCUUCUUCAUUGCAGCCGCAACCCGGAGUUGGGUUUCUUGAUCAAUCUCACAUGUUAUUCGACAAUGGAGGCAAUAAUCCACGCAAGAGGGGAAGAGAAGUGGUAGCGGCGGCGACGGCGAACACCACUGGCGUCGCUGCUCCGAUCAAUUCUUUCUCUAUGCAAACGCAACCCACUCAGCUAAUAGACCUUUCUCAGCUGCACAAUCAGCAGCAGCAGCACCAACCCAAUGUUGUCUCCACCGGCCUUCGCCUAUCAUUCGGCGGUGACCAACAGCAAUUACAGCAUAAUCAUAUUCAUAAUCCACAGUUUCAAUAUCACCGACAAGAACAGCAGCCGCCACAGCAACAGCAACAGAGUCCAGUUUCCCAUUCAUCCGCUUUGCUUUCUCUAUUGUCAGAAGAUUUCGCCGGCCAAAUCAAACGGCAGAGAGAAGAAUUGGACCAAUUUCUUCAAGCCCAGGGAGAGCAGUUACGGCGCACGUUAGCAGAGAAGAGGCGUCGGCACUACCGUGCACUUUUGGGCGCAGCGGAGGAGUCGGUGGUCCGGCGGUUAAGAGAAAAACAGGCGGAAGUCGAGAAGGCGACGCGCCGGAACUCAGAGUUAGAGGCACGCGCGGCCCAACUUACCUUGGAGGCGCAGGUGUGGCAGGCAAAAGCGAGGACACAGGAAGCGACGGCCGCCACACUGCAAGCGCAGCUCCAGCAGGCUAUAAUUAGCGGCGGGGCAGCGCAAGAUAGCAGGAGAGCGGAGGAGGGGCUAAAAUGCGCGGGCAGAGGAGGUGUGGAGGGCCAGCCGGAAGACGCCGAAUCAGCAUACAUAGACCCUGAGCGCACCGCCGUGUCCGGGCCGGCAUGUAAGGCGUGCCGGACACGUGUGGCGUCGGUGGUGCUGCUGCCGUGUCGACAUCUUUGUCUGUGUACAGAGUGCGACCGAGUGGCCCAAGCGUGCCCCCUUUGCCUCACCGUAAGAAAUUCCAGCGUGGAAGUUUUUCUUUCUUAAAAAUUAAGGAAAAACAAAAUUUCUACUAAUAAUCUUCGAGUAAAAUAAAAUUACAAUUUUCUUCCAUCUUUCCUUUUUGCAUUUUGGGGGUCUGAAAUAUUCUAGUAGCCCAAUCUAAGACCCUUUUUUUUUUUUUUCUUUUUUGGUUCCCCCUCUUGUAGUGAAAAGUACCCAGAGGUAAUGUACAUGGCC